UCUCUGGUCAGUCGGCUGGAGUCACAGGUGAUCCAAGUCCAGUUCCCAGUGUUAACUGGGGCAGUGCUUGAGUCAGCGCUGGCCAAAGCCUUGCCCCUUCAGAAUUGCUUUGCUGCCUUUGAACUCCUCCUGGCUUGACACGGGCUUGUGCUGUGGUAGGGGUUGGAGUCAGCGUGGCUCUCCCAGGCCACACAGCACCCGGAGCCUGUGUCAUCCUCUUCUGUGCCAACCUUGGCCUCCAGCAAUUCUACUUGUGGGUUCCUCCCUUUCAUUUCCCAGGACUGGCUCACUCAGUAGACAAGUGUGAUCUCAAGCAGAGUCACAUGCUGUAACAUGGCAGCUCUCCAUGCAUGCCUGUGCAAGCACAGCUAAAUCACCUCGACCACUGGGAAUGGAAGUCCCCUGACUGGGGUGGCAUGUCCUCUUUGAGAGGCCACAAGCUUGCUGGAAAAAAAAAAUGUUUGGAUGACAGGGUGACAGAGUUCAGAGCCAUCAAGAAAGCCCAUCCGAGGGAUUUGAUUCCUUAGAGUAGAGGAGUUGCUCCAUCCCUGAAUGCUAAAUGACUUCUUAAUUUUUAUGUCUACUGCAUUAAACUUUCCAAAGAGUCCCUGAGAUGGUUUUCUUGCAGUGAAACAUGGAUGCAUCUCUUUUGGACAUUAUCCUGAUAGAUAACAGAAUGUUUCAGAACUUGCUAUCCAAUAUGCAAAAGCAAAUGUGCUUUCAUUGGCUCUUUUAAACUUAAACUGUGUUUCAGCUCUCUGCAGAGCAGAUGCUCAGAGUUUUGUUGGUAUUCAUUGAGCAUAAUAGAACUACCAGAGCUCCAAGAAGAGGUGCUGUGUUUGGUAGAGCAGGUUUGGUUAAAUCUCUGUUAGUCUGAAGGACCUCAGGGCUGAUUUCCAGGUAAUGAUUGGCUUCAAGGCUCCCAUGGUGGAGAUGGUCAUGGAGGCCUUCAGUACGAGAAAGAAGAGGGCUGGAGAUUUCUUCAAGGUGCAGUGGGCUGCCAUGUGCCACCCAUUUUCAUGCCUCCUAAUUAAUUUUUUUUUCUUUGUUUAUAGACUGAGGGGGAUUAAGGGUUCCCAGGCAGGGUCAGGGUCCCCAGGUGCUUAUGGCUCCCAGUUUUAGGGUACCAGCAGGUAUGUGAGAGCCCAGAAGCUCUUCUAGCUGGUCACUAACCUUGCAGCUUUUGGGUGUUUUUGUUGUAUUUCUGUUCCUGAGUAAAUGCAUUUUACAGGCAUUCAGGUUCCAAUUCUUAUGGGGUUUUAUGUUAGAAAAUUCUACUCAUCCUCCAUUAUUUUCUACUCAAAAUGUAUGUGUUUUAAAAUAUGAAUAAAAAUUUACAAUAAUAAUGUAGCCUUCCAACCUGAAUGGCAAAAAAGGCCAGUUACAUUUGAUAUAAAAGUUACCCUUAGUUGCAAAAUUAACUUCAUUUUAGUGGUCAAUGGGAGAUGAGAACCUGGGCAUUUUUCAGAAAAUAGCUAAUGCAGAAAUGCAAAACAAACGGGGUUUAAAAUUAAAUAUUUAAAUUGGCUUGUCAUAUUACAUUAUUUAAACCUGAAUGUAAAUCUGCCUGAUAUAAGUUUGUUAAAUAAAACAAGAAUCUAUCAAUUGUGGAUUUACCAAAAUAAAUUACAAUUAAAACCAAAUUAUGAUAUCUGAUCGAGAUUGUAAUUUAUAAUUUCUACAAAUGUUUGAUUUGAUGGGAACCAAACUGGUGCUGCCAUUUCCAAAAACCAAUCCUUGUAAUUUAUUCUGUGGUCUUAUAAAUUUUCCUUUGCUUGCUUCUUUAGUGGUGUCCCAAAUUAUAACUCUUUCUAAUGGUCAACCUAUCUUGGCUUGAAUUUUCCCAUGCCUGAAGUCCACAAUGCUGAUGUAGCAGAACAAAAACUUUGAAGAUAUUUCCUUUUCUCUGUGCUGUUUAUUAUAUCCUUUGCUUUGCGUGUAGACCGAGCUCUGAAGCUUAGGUCAACAAGAAACCACCAUUGUGGCCAGGCUGGCUCGUGGGAAGCAGCACUCAAAUGGUUCCAGUUUGCAGCUCUCCUGGGUCUGAGAUGCUUCCCACAGGUCAGGCCAGCAGCUUCUGAGGUUUGAAAUUGAAAUAGAUACCUCUCAAAUGACAUGUCCCCUCGGCAGUGUUUUUACCUGCACGCUGGUGGUGGUUUCUCUAGGCUGGGGGAAUGGGCCAUCCUAAUUCUCUGAAGGAGAAUUAGGAUGGAUUUAAUGCUUACCGGGGCUGUCCGGGUUGGAGGCAGACAUCAGCUGUAAAGAGAACAUGGAAUAAUAUUUUGCAAUUUCUUUUCUCUUUUUUUUACUUUAUAAAGUUAAACAAGUGCUAGAAGAAGUUUCUGUGCUUAUUUAUUCACUUCCUUAAAACUUUGGAAUCCAGAUCUAUAAAUACAAGCUCACUUAAUGUUUACGAUUAUGGUUGCUCUCACUUGAAUUGAUUGAUGCUACUUGUUAGAAAAAAAAAGUAAAAAAAGGUUAUUAAAACAUAUAAUCUGCAGGAAAACAUUAACAUGCUUUAUAAAAUAUGUUGCUUUUGUCCAUAAGAGAAAACCACUGUGAAAGUCAUAGCUUCUCAGUUUUCUAAAAACUGGAAGCGUGUUUGCCAGCUAUUACAGAAGCAAAAGGAAAGACAUCACAACCAGACUUGAGAGAUGUAGCUUUUCAUAAAGGUAGCAGCUGUUUUGCAGACUUAAUUGUAGUUGGGUAUAGACCUUAAAAAUAAUCAUGGCCCAAUAGAUAUAAUUUUUUUUUUUUUUGGUGGGGGAAUUUUAAUGUAAUUUCUUCAUUGCAGAUUUCUAGUUGGAAUUUUGCCCUAAUUCUUUUUAGACGGCGAUGUAGGCUUGCUAAUCCAUGUGAGUUUUCUUAAGAAAUGUAAAACACUUUCAGUUUUACGAAAUAAGCCCUGCAGAUGCGCAGCUGAAUUUAACCAAUUCAGAAAAUUUUUGACUUCUUGAUAGGAAAUAUUCUUUAUUCAAGCUUGAAAAAAUAGCUCAGGAAAGGAUUAUGUUUCCAAGUCUGUGUUUACAAAUCUGAAUUGAUUUGGUUUUUCUCAAAUGUUCAAAAUGCAGAAAAUUUACAGAUUUAAUUAUAUUAAGUUGUAAUAGCAUUACACACAUUUCAGUGACUCAGAAUGGAGUAAAACCUAGCAGAUAAAUUCAUAAACCAUAAAUGUGUCCAAAUAAAUUUUUGUUAGUCAGAUUUUUAACUGUGACAAUGCAAUUUUGAUUUUAAUUCCUUUUUGCUGAAUAUGAUACCUUAAAUGCAUUAUAUUGUCUUAAAGUGAUUAUUUUAUAUAAAGCUAAGCUGGGUACUUUUAGGCAAACAUUAGUUUUGCCUUGACUUAUGUGCAAAAAUGUUUCCCACUUAAAGGAAAGCGGUUGAAGGAAUCUGGAUUGGGUAAUUUAGGCCGAACUGUUGAAAGUGAAGUUGUUUGCUUAGGCAUGGAUCCAGUCAAAACUUGUGCACAUCUUUAACUUUCUGCAGUCUGUGUAGCCUGUGGGACCUCUGCUGACAUGGAUAAAGUAGCAAGCAUGCAAGCAACAUCAUUCCCAAAUUGGAUGUAUAUACCCUGCUGUCACAUGCACUUGAAUUAAAAGUGCAUUUAAGUGUGCUUGCAAAUAGAAGAUUUGAGACUCCUCAGAGAUUACCUGAUCUCAACAAAACGCCCAACUGACAGUCAAAAAUGAGAUUUCCUUUCUUGUCUAUGCCUAUGCCUGGGGGUGGGGAGGGGGGAAGGGAACGUUUUGUUGCUUUUAAUACGAGCUUCAUUGGAUUGGUUUGUCUCUCUGGUGCAGCCGUGACGCAGUGUUGUGUUUUAUCAGUGCCCACCCCCAGCAGAAUUCUUUGCUUAAGAGGAGGCAGAUUUUCACCUACUGAAUAAGAAUCUGGACUCGCAUUGAUGCUUCUCAGUGUUGUCUUAUGUGCUCUCCUGUGCCGGAGUGAAUUUUAUCCCCGGACUGCCUGGUGACAGAACAUCUCAGUCCUACCAGUUUGGAAGCAAAAUAUGGAAUGUGUUUCACUGCUGACCGAAGGCAGCCAAAUGAACAGUAUUUAUAGUAGUUCGAAAAUCAGCAGUUAGCAGUUUCUUCACAUUCUAACACUACCCAGCACUUUCCAGAGAGAACUCAUUGUUUACAAGAAAUCUGCUUUCCAAAUCCGUUGCGGUGCCCUCCAGCCUUGACUAUUAACUAUUUGCAAAGGGGAAGCAAAUCUGCAGUUUGGGGAAAGAUGGCAAUGGAUGAGUACCUGUGGAUGGUCAUUGUGGGUUUUAUCAUAGCUUUUAUUUUAGCUUUUUCUGUCGGUGCGAAUGAUGUUGCAAAUUCUUUCGGAACGGCCGUGGGCUCUGGUGUUGUUACUUUACGCCAGGCUUGCAUUUUGGCUUCAGUUUUUGAAACCACUGGCUCAGUAUUACUGGGAGCAAAAGUAGGAGAAACAAUUCGGAAAGGUAUCAUUGAUGUUAACCUGUACAACAACACUGUCCCACUGCUGAUGGCAGGAGAAGUGAGUGCAAUGGUUGGUUCUGCUGUUUGGCAGCUAAUUGCAUCAUUCUUGAAACUCCCAAUAUCAGGGACCCAUUGCAUUGUAGGUGCUACGAUUGGAUUUUCUCUGGUGGCAAUUGGUACACAGGGUGUCCAGUGGAUGCAGCUUGUCAAGAUUGUUGCCUCUUGGUUUAUUUCCCCACUGUUAUCUGGCUUGAUGUCUGGAAUCCUAUUUGUGCUGAUCAGAUUCUUCAUUUUAAACAAGGAAGACCCUGUGCCCAAUGGCCUCCGCGCACUCCCGGUGUUUUAUGCUGCUACUAUAGCUAUUAAUGUGUUCUCCAUCAUGUACACUGGGGCACCAGUACUGGGACUGAUACUGCCAAUGUGGGCCAUUGCUCUAAUAUCAAUUGGUGUGUCCUUAGUAUUUGCUGUCUUAGUCUGGAUUUUUGUGUGUCCUUGGAUGAAGAGAAAAAUAGAAAGCCGGUUAAAGAAAGAUGCUGCACUGUCAAGGAUAUCAGAUGAAAGUCUUGAUAAAAUUCAGGAUGAAGAAACACCAGUCUUCAAAGAGCUUCCUGGUGCCAAAGCAUCUGAUGAGAGCACUAUUCCCCUUACUGGCUCAGUAACAGAAGCUGCUGGGGCAUCAGAUAAUAUUGCAAAUGGAAACCAUCCACGUGUCCCCUAUGGAAGGGCAUUUUCGGUGACGCACACCUCGGUGAAAUCACCUGUUUCCAAUGGCACCUUCAGCUUCGAUGGCCACGUGAGGAGCGAUGGCCACGUUUACCACACUGUGCACAAGGACUCAGGUUUAUACAAAGACUUGCUCCACAAAAUACACCUGGACAGGGCCAACGAUGAGAGGCCCACUGCAGAAAACAACUACAAACUCUUAAGGCGCAACAACAGCUACACCUGUUACACUGCUGCUAUUUGUGGCAUGCCCGUGCAUUCCUCCUUUAAGGCAGCGGAUACAUCUACUCCAGAAGACAGUGAGAAGUUGGUGGGAGACACUGUUUCCUACUCCAAGAAGCGAGUGCGCUAUGACAGCUACUCCAGCUAUUGCAACGCAGUGGCGGAGGCGGAGAUUGAGGCAGAGGAAGGUGGGGUGGAAAUGAAGUUGGCCUCUGAACUCGCGGAUCCUAACCGGCCCCCUGUUGAUCCUGUGGAAGAGGAUAAGGAAGAGAAAGACACCUCUCAGGUCCAUCUACUUUUCCACUUCCUCCAGAUCUUAACAGCCUGCUUUGGAUCCUUUGCCCAUGGAGGCAAUGAUGUCAGCAAUGCCAUCGGUCCCCUUGUCGCACUCUGGCUUAUCUACGAGCAAGGUGCCGUAAUGCAGGAAGCAUCGACUCCCAUCUGGCUGCUGUUCUAUGGAGGUGUUGGGAUCUGUGUGGGCCUCUGGGUCUGGGGAAGAAGAGUUAUCCAGACUAUGGGUAAAGACCUCACUCCAAUCACACCAUCGAGUGGAUUUUGCAUUGAAGUAAUGUGUGCGCUAACGGUACUUGUAGCCUCAAAUGUGGGUAUUCCAAUAAGCUCCACCCAUUGCAAGGUUGGCUCCGUGGUGGCCGUCGGCUGGAUCCGCUCCAAGAAAGCCGUCGACUGGCGCCUCUUCCGCAACAUCUUCCUGGCCUGGUUUGUGACUGUGCCGGUGGCCGGCUUGUUCAGCGCCGGCGUGAUGGCACUGCUGAUGUACGGGAUCCUGCCUUACAUUUGAGGAGCUUCCUCUGCUGGGAAAAGGGGAAAUGGCCGAGCUACUACCGAUGGGAGAAGUGUUCCCGUGAAAGAAGCAGUCAGAGAGGAUCCAUCUUCCAUACCUAACUUCUUAUCUACUGUACAUAACAAUGUGUCAUAUUGGUGACAUGGUGAUGUGGUGCCAUUUCUUAUAUAUUAAAGAAAUAUAUAUGCAUAUAGUAGGUAACAAUACCUAAGUUAUAUCAUCAGUGGGGUGAAAAUAAUUGCCUAGAACUUAAUAUUUAGUAAAAUUUGUACAUAGUGUAUCAUUUUGGUGGCUAUUUUUUAAUCUUUUGAAGAAGAGUAUGGAUUAGGAAAUGUUUCUUGUCCAUUUGAUAUAAGAAGAAGCGAGGUACAGGACUGCGUAAUACAUGACUUUUUUAAAGCUAUUAAGAUACUGGAACAAAAUAAAAUGUGCAGAAGUGCUUUUCAUAAAAUAACUUUGUUCAUAUCAUAUUGAUUUUCGUGUAUCAUAGCGUGAUGGUUAUGGCUGUGUAAAUACUUAUGAACAGUAACUUUUAAAUGGUGCAUUUCCCUUAUAUAUUUUGGAUAAGAAAGUUUAGGAAGUACCAAAGAAGCAGGGGAAUAGCUUGCCGUUACUAUGUUGUUGUCUCCAUGUGUGUUGUGUUUCCCCACCUCUGAUUCAACGUGUCACCAAGCUCCAGCCAGUGAGGCUGGGAUAGUACUGUUCAUGUCUUAAUGUUACUUAAAAAAAAAAAAAAGCGCACACAAAAAAUCAGUUCUCGUACUUAGUAGGCAGCCCAUGGCUCUCCACAUUAGCUGACAGUAGACUGACUUCAUUUUGUGGGUUGAUACUUGAGUAUCUCACUGCUCACCUUCUACCUUUCCCCUUCAAGUCUCAGCUCCUGGUUGCCCUGCUCUGGAUUCCUGCGGGAGGACAGACCAUCAGCCUCCCUCCUUCUCUCCAUGCAGACACAAGCACACACUCUCAGGUACAGGAGCGGGGCCGUGGAGCGCACGGCACCCCCGCGUAUGGAAGCGAAGGGCAGCAGCGGGCGGGAGAGGGCUCAGCCCUGGCUGUGUGCUUGGAGGUAAUGGGCGCCCACAGGAGAAUGAUCCAUGCAGGGGAGGACGUGAGCAGGUGCUGCCUCCCCCCUGGCAAGUCUCACAGCCUGCCAGCCUCCUGCUGUGCCGCCUACAGCAGGGAGGGGACAGGGAGCCUGGCCCUGUGUGGAUGGAGGUUGAAUGAUAAUCAUCAUUUGGGAUGAGAUUUUUUUCAUGGCAGCUCAGGGGAAAAUGGCUAGCUACAUCCCCUGCAUGCCUUUGGAAAGCACAUUUGAGUGAAGGUUACUGAUUUAUGCGUGGGAGGCAAAGGGCAAGGGGUGCCCAGAGGAGGUUGGGAAUCUAUUACUGUUUAAAUGCUGCUAAAAUUUUGAUAAAAUGUUCUUGGUACUCCAUUGUGAUUUUUCCAUUGGUCAUUCAUACCAAAUUUAUAAUAAAAAGAUAAACAGCCCCU